AGUGGGUCGUCCCGCUGCUCUCACUUCCCGAAUCCCCAAUUCCCCACCAGAACUCUCGCCACCAUGGCGCCACCGCGCCAGCCGCCGGAGCUGAUGGCCGAGCUCGUCGACGAGAUCCUCCUCCGCCUACCUUCAGACGAUCCCGCGUGCCUUGCCCGCGCCUCCCUCGUCUGCAAGCCCUGGUGCCACCUCCUCUCUGACCCUGCUUUCCUCCACCGCUACCGCGCCUUCCACAGGGCGCCUCCCCUGCUCGACUUCCUCGCUAACUUCCGCGAUCACAGCGACCCCCGCUUCGUCCCCGUCUCCAGCACAGCGCCCUGCCCCUUUGACCGGCCGGGCUUCCACUACUCCCGCUGCCUGUGGGUCAUGGACUGCCGCCAUGGGCACGUCCUCCUCCACGAGGCGUCGGGCGACAGCGAGGGCCUCAUUGCCUGGGACCCCAUCACGGGCGACCGGUGUGCCUGGGACCCCAUCGCGUGCGUGUACUCAUCAAAGGCUGGCGCGUGGGGUGCGCCGGCUUCCCGUCACUUAGGCCUCGAUUCGUACGUCAACAUGAACCAUGGCGCCCUCAUCGGAGAUGAGCUCUACUCCACACCUUUGCUGGGUGGCAGAAUUUUGAAGUACGACAUGGACAAGAAUUGUUUAUCCCCGAUUGACCCUCCGGGGGACGACUACGGCGGGAACGUUGUUCUCAUGCUGGCGGAGGACGGACCUUCACCUUUUGUUGCGGAGAACUUUUACAGUACACCUAAAUGA